AUGGUCGUCCUCUUCCUGCUGCAGCUGUUUGCGUUGCUGGCCACAUCGGCCCUGGCGGCACCAGCGACUCAUUCCAUCCUUCCGGUCAAUGACACCUUUUAUAUCCCGCCUAAAGGUUUCGAAUCGGCAGCUCCAGGUGACAUCCUGCGAUCGCGGACGCCCCCAAAGCCCAUUGCGGCCUUCAGUCUGGCAAAAGUGAACCUUCACUCGGCGCAUCAGCUGCUUUACCGGACGACUGAUUCCUUUGGUGAACCAAUUGCGGCCGUAUCCACGAUCCUCGUGCCUCACAAUGCCGAUUAUACCAAGCUACUCUCCUACCAAGUUGCCCAGGAUGCGGCCGAUCCCAACUGCGCUCCCUCUUACGCAUUCCAACUUGAGGCUGCCCAUGAUGGCGUGCUGGGUCUGGUGAUGCCGCAACUGGAACUGAUCCUCAUUGCUGCCGCCUUGCAAAGGGGAUGGGUCGUGACAGUGCCCGAUCAUUUGGGACCCAAGUCGGCUUUCCUGGCCAACCACUUGUCAGGCCACGUCGUGUUGGACAACAUCCGGGCGGCCAAGGCGUCCACGAAUUUGACCGAUCUGUCGUCUGAUCCCAUCAUCGCCCUCUGGGGAUACUCAGGAGGCAGUCUUGCCAGCGGCUUCGCCGCCGAGCUACAACCCAGCUACGCCCCCGAGCUCAAGAUCCAAGGUGCCGCGCUGGGCGGCACCGUCCCACAGAUCCUGCCCGUCAUUCGUGAAACCAACGAGAGCCCCUUCGCCGGCCUAAUUCCAGCAGGCAUCCAAGGACUCGCCAACGAAUACCCCGACAUCAACAACCUGGUCCAACAAAACCUCAUCCCAGCCAAGGCCGCCGAAUUCUCCAAAACCAAGAACCUCUGUCUAACAGGAAAUAUCCUCGAAUACCUCAACAAAGACGUGUACACAUUCGUCAAAGACAAAGACAUCUUCACCUCCGCAACAGCCAGCAAAGUCAUCGACGCCAACGCCAUGGGCCACCACAACCCCGAAACCCCCCUGCUCGUGUACAAAUCCGCCGGCGACGAAAUCUCCCCCGUCAACAACACAGACUCUCUCGUCGCGUCGUACUGUGAUGCCGGAUCUCGCGUGGAGUACAAGCGCGACGUCCUCUCUGAGCAUGCUUCGUUGGCUAUUAUUGGCAUUCCGGAUGCGUUUUUGUGGCUGGAGGAUCGGAUGAAUGGGGUUCCUGUCAAAGCAGGAUGUUCGAAGUCGACAUCGUUUACUAGUUUGUUGGAUCCGAGGGCGUUGGCGGUUCUGGGGGAGACGAUUGUGCAGACUUUGUUGACGUUGUUGGAUGCGCCAGUUGGGCCGAUCCAGAUUGGUUGA